AUGUUCAGGGGAGCAUCUCUCCCUGCUGUGCUGAACCCACCCUGGGCUGGUGGGGUACUGGGACCUCAGUGUGUCCUGCCUGCCUGCCACCUGCUUGGCACUGUGUUUAAGCUGAGCAUCUCCCUGAGCUAGCGGGAAGGUGUGACUGACUUCAGAGCCCUCCGAGCAAAAUUUCAAAAUGACUCCAACUUGGCCAACAAACUCGUGCAACCGCGCAAGAAGCCUCCUCCUGAAAUCCCUCCCAAGCUGGGCUCUGGAGGUAACGCUGUGUCCAGCCCUCUGCCCCUGAGUAAGAGAGAAGUGAUAAUACUAAAACCCAAGGAUGAACCUGCCCAACCUGCCUGGCAACCCUCUGCGCCCACCCAACGCAACCCCUUGGCAUGGCCUCGAGCCAAGCUGGGUUAUGUGGAGCCAACGGGGCACAAGGAAGAGCACAAAGGCAAUGUCUUGGAGAAAGGGCUGAGUACUCCCAAGAACAGUCCAGAAAAGCCUCUGCCAUCAGCCCAAACAACUCCAGAGGAUGCUCCAAUCACAAAUUCUUUCCACCAAGCCUUACAGAUCUGGGAAAACACUUUAUCCCGUGGUGAGAAAGCAAGUGCAAUGCUCCCAGCCCAACGGGCAGCAAACUUAUAUGUGCACCCUUGCCCAGAGCAGAGGGCGACACGUGCUCCGGCUGUGUCAGGUAACAGCAGGAUGCGACCGUCUGGAAGCGAGUCUGUGCUGGACUUGCCUGCCCAGAAGAAGGAUGCUCUGCAGGACAGUGGGCUGGCUGUUCCCCAGGCUCAUGGAGGACACAGGAGCUCUGAUGAAGCUGCUGCUGGGAGUGUGGUAGCAACUGCGUUCUGCCAGCCGGGUUGUCAUGCACCAAAAGAGCAACCUCAGCACCAGAAAGAAUCAGAGCCUCCCUUCUGCCAGCCUGGAGCAGGAAAAUGGUCUUACAGCCCUGGGAGCAAGUGGCCAAGAGUUAAACCUCUCCCUUUAGCUGAAUCCCUGGGUCCAGCCCCUGCGAAGCCGGCAAGACCCCCAAAGUUUGAUCUCAGUCCUUUCCGAAGCACCAUGCCUUCAGUCCACAAAGGAAAUGAAACAACUGCUGACCAAGAGGAUUACUUGACCCCUGCAAGCGCUCAACUUGAAGAGCAGCAUAAUUAUGAAGAAACCUCGACAUACCUGAAUCAGUCUGGGGACACCACAACCUUGUCUGUCAUUGAAGGUACUUUGCAAGUACCUAAGGCAGAGCCUCAAGAACACAAGAAACAGAAGAGUUUUCUCUUUGCCAAAUCCAGUCUGGGAAGAGAGAUAAUAGAGGAUGAAAAAGAGGAAAAAAUAAGUCUUGAAAGAGAGAAACAGGAAGCAAAGAGCAUUUUCAAGACAGGUGGAAAUGAAUAUAUAUGCCCCAAAAGCCAAACCGAGGAAGAUGGCAGAGGUGGGAUGAAGGUGCUGCAAGUGAAGCAGGAUGUGACCAGUACCCAGACUGCAAAGCAUCCUACCCCACAAGGGCUGGCAAAAGACGAAGCAGAGCUCGUGCGCUAUGUGUAUGUUGGUGCUCUAAAGCCAGGGGUAGAAAGAACAGCCUUGAACCAAAACACUCAGCAGUCCCUACAAGCACCAGAGGAUAUAUACGAUGAUGUUGAGGAAAUACAAGAUAGACUCAGCCGCAUGUCAGAUGCCUCAAGUCUCUUUGCUUCAGCCAGCAUUUCAGGAAACAGUUACGAAGAAACAUAUGAAGAUGUUGAGAUUGGGGGUGAUAAUCCAGCAAAAAUCGAAACAGAAAAACAAAAGAGAUUUGGAAACCUGUUUAAGAUAGAAAAGUUGAAGCUGAAGAAUAACAAGUUCAAGGAAAAUUUAAGAUUGUUUUCCAUUUCGGUACCAAAUUUAGCAACUGCUUCCAAGGAGGACAUGCUGUACGACGAUGUUGAGGUGGGGCAGAGAGAGCUGAGAGAGAAGGAUGACAAGUCUAAAACCUGGAUGCCAAAAUUCCUGAUGGCAAAAGAGGACAAGGACCAAAGGAAAAGCAGCGACGAUGAGGAAAGAAAUAUCUUCAAAGUCAAGAAGAGCAAUGCAGAAAAAAGCAAGAAGAUGGAAAAAGAAGAAAAGUUUUUUAGAGAAACAUUUAUGUACGAUAAGGAGAUCAAUGUCAUCAACACAGCCACGGCCGAGCGCUCGGUCCCCAGUAAGAGGAGAGUUGAUCUCCCGAUCACAGCUGGAGAACAGCUGGAUGUUAUUGAUGUCACGGAGGGCAAUGCAGUGAUUUGCCGCAAUUCGGAGGGCAGAUAUGGGUAUGUUCUAGUGGAGCAUUUGAACUUCAGCCAGACAGUACUAACUGCCCUGACUGCUGCUCUCCCCUGGAGCAUCCCUGAAGGUCUCUUUUGUGCUUCCCGCAUCCGUGAGAGCCCACGUUGAUCAACUGUGGAAUGA